AUGAGGAGUCCAUCGCUACUAUCCCUCCUUUCCUUGAUCACCUCAUCGCUCGCCAGCCCCUCAUCCCCAGCUCCAAACCUGCACUCCCGCGAUGCCACCACCAACCUCAACCUCUCCCUCCCUCAACACCCGCUCUCCAUCAACCUAAAACCCCAGCAAACCUCAACCAGAGACCUCGUCUCGCUCGAUGGCCUCUGGUCCUUCGCAAUCGACAACACCACAAACAGCACCGCAACCCCCUGGACAAGCCCCCUCCCAAAAGGCCUCGAAUGCCCCGUCCCGGCCUCCUACAACGACAUCUUCAUCGACCGCAACAUCCACGACCACGUCGGCUGGGCGUACUACCAGCGCACCGUCGCAAUUCCACGCGGGUGGUCGGGGCAGCGCUACUUCGUCCGCCUGGAGGCCGCAACACACCACGGCCGCGUCUAUGUGAAUGAUGACCUUGUUGCCGAGCAUGUGGGCGGAUAUACGCCUUUCGAGGCAGAUGUUACGGACCGCGUCAAUCCCGGCGAGAGCUUUCGUCUAACGAUUGGCGUCAAUAACGAGCUCACGCAUGAGACUAUACCCCCCGGGACUGUGGAGGUGUCCGAGUACACGGGGCGCAAGGUGCAGACUUACCUGCAUGAUUUCUAUAACUAUGCCGGACUGGCUAGGUCCGUUUGGUUGUAUUCCGUGCCGGUCGAGCAAUAUAUCGAGGACAUCACCGUUGUCCCUGACGUCGAUUGGGACGAAGAUGCAGAAACGGGAAUCGUGCACUACACUGUCGACACCUCCAACGGGACCGGGUCCAUCGAGAUCACCAUCGCCGACGAAGAAGGCAACACCGUCACCACCGCAUCCGGCGCAAACGGCACAAUCACCAUCCCCUCCGUGCACCUCUGGCAGCCAGGGUCCGCCUACCUCUACACCUUCACCGCACGCAUCCUCUCCACAUCCACCGACCCUCCGCGCGUGGUCGACACCUACACCCUCCCCCUCGGAAUCCGGACCAUCGCCAUCAAAGACGCGCAGAUCCUCCUCAACAACGCCCCCAUCUACCUAACCGGCUUCGGCAAACACGAAGACAGCCCCAUCCGCGGCAAAGGCCACGACACCGCGUACCUAGUCCACGACUUCGAGCUGCUGCACUGGAUCGGCGCCAACUCCUUCCGCACAUCCCACUACCCCUACGCGGAGGAGGUAAUGGAGUACGCGGACCGCCACGGCAUCCUAGUCAUCGACGAGACCCCCGCCGUCGGAUUGGCGUAUAGUAUCGGCGGCGGCGUGUCGAGUGCCGAUAGUCCCUCGACAUUCACGCCAGAGGGAAUCAACAAUAACACGCGCGCCGCGCACGCCCAGGCACUCCGGGAACUGGUGGCGCGCGAUAAAAACCACCCGUCCGUGAUCAUGUGGAGCGUCGCCAACGAGCCGGCGAGCGAUGAGGAGGGUGCAAGAGCGUACUUCGAGCCGCUGGCCACUCUUGCCAGGGAGCUCGACCCAGCAGGUCGACCCAUAACGUUCGCGAACCUAGGCCAGGCAACAUACGCCACAGAUACAAUCUCCGACCUGUUCGACGUGCUCUGUCUGAACCGUUAUUUCGGGUGGUACAGUUUCACUGGCGAUCUGGACUCCGCGGGUAUCGCUCUCAAAGAGGAAUUAACCGGAUGGAGCGAGACGUACCCGGGCAAACCGAUUAUCAUUAGCGAGUACGGGGCGGAUACGCUGGCGGGGUUGCAUUCCGUGAUGGGAUUGAUUUGGAGCGAGGAGUUCCAGAUUGAGUAUCUGGAUGUUUAUCACGGGGUGUUUGAUACUUUUGACAAUGUGGUUGGCGAGCAUGUGUGGAAUUUUGCGGAUUUCCAGACCAAGGAGGGGAUCCAGCGCGUUGAUGGGAAUAAGAAGGGGGUUUUUACGAGGGAACGAAGGCCCAAGGGGGCGGCGUAUGCCCUGAAAAAGAGGUGGAGUGGGUUGAAUAAUACGGGGUUGGGGACUGAGUAG